UAUGUCAUUGCAAGAUUAAACUUUUCUUUCAUUGUCUAACUUAUUUCAUUUAUAAUUCUACAUGUAAAAUAUGAUUUUUUCAAAUGAUUAUAUAUAAAAUACAUUCUUUUUGAACUCGUCCUUUAACGCGGGAACACAGAUUUCACUCUUAAGUUACAAAUAGAUCAACCUCAGAUGAAAUCACAACAAUUUAUUUAAUAUCAUUCGAUAUCAUAUUAUUAUAUAUUUUAAGUGUAAAAUAUCUUCAAUAAAGUAUUAUAUACGCAUUUAUUAUGUAUCGGAAUAGCCGAAUCAGAGAUUUUAAAUCCAUCUUAAAACACCAACAAUCAACAGGUACUAAAUCAAAAGAAAAUGUGGAAAAUGAUAAUAAAUUGCCAGAAAAUACUGGACAAACUUCUGUUAGAAGUACUUCGAAAAUACUUAAUUUAUUAAAGAAACCUGAAAAAAGCUGUACAACAAUACAGAAAGAAAAUGAUGUGAUCAACACAAACAAAGACAAGGAUAAUGUAGCUAAUGUAGAAAAUUCAGCUACACCUGCUGAAAAAAUGGUUUUUAAUGUAGUAAUCGGUAAACAAUCAACAAGGAAACAUAAAAAAUGGGAAGAUGAUGGAAUUUUGGAAGUUAAGGGAAAACAUGCAAUCUUAAAGGAUACAGAGGAUAAUGUAAUUCAUACAAGUGUAGUUAAUCCAAAAAUUCUAGUAGAAGGUUUUAGAAUGUAUAUGGGAAAUAAGGAAAUUGAGAUAGUUGAUAAAGUAUUGUGUACAAAAUCUAUAUUAAAUGAAGUUCCCAAGGAAACUAUUCCAGAACCACCUAAAAAGAAAUUCAAAUCUACAAAUUCUGGCCCAUACAUUCCAUUUAAUUUGUUACAACAAGGGUUGAAAUUGAUAUAUGAUCCACUGGUAAUGCCAGCUAUUUAUGCUUCAAAAAGUUGGAUGGAAGAUGAAACACCAGAAAAUGAAAUAGAAGUAUCUGUAGAUGCUUGUUUAGUAAAUGUACUUAGACCACAUCAGCGUCACGGUAUUAUAUUUUUAUAUGAAUGUAUCAUGGGAUUAAAGACAUGCAAUUACUAUGGUGCAAUUUUGGCUGAUGAAAUGGGUCUUGGCAAAACAUUGCAAUGUAUUACACUUAUCUGGACAUUAUUGAAGAAAGGACCAUAUGGAAAACCAAUAUUAAAAAAUGUACUAAUAGUAACUCCUAGUAGCCUGUGUAAUAAUUGGAACAAAGAAUUUAAACAUUGGUUGGGUUUUCAUAGACUCUGUCCAUAUGUUGUAAAUGCCAAAAACAAGCCAAAAGACUUCAAAAAACAGGCAAGGAAUUCAGUGAUAAUUAUUAGUUAUGAUAUGCUUAUUAGGUGUGAAGAAGAACUUGAACAAAUAAAUUUUGAUUUAAUUGUAUGUGAUGAAGGACACAGAUUAAAAAACAAUGAUAUAAAAGCAGCAAAGAUUUUAAAUAACAUAAAUUGCAAAAGAAGAAUUCUAUUGACUGGAACUCCAAUACAGAAUGAUUUACAAGAAUUUUUUGCUUUAGUUAAUUUCGUAAAUCCCAGUAUUUUGGGUAGCAAUUAUGACUUUAAAAAUUAUUAUGAAAAUCCUAUCGUAGCAUCACGAUGUCCUCACGCACCAGAUAGUGUUGUAUCUCUGGGAACUGAAAGGGCCAGUGAAUUACACGAAAAAACAAAAUGUUUUAUUUUAAGACGCACACAAGAAAUAAUUAAUAAGUAUUUACCAUCCAAACACGAAUUAAUUGUGUUUUGUCGUUUAUCAAAAGAACAAGAGAAGUUGUAUUCGCUAGUUACGGAUACAUGGUUCAAUAAAAGUAUACUACCAAAUAAUAAUAUUCCACACUUAACGGUGAUAACGACUCUUAAAAAAAUUUGUAAUCAUCCGAAAUUAUUUUAUAAUGACAAGAAUGAGUUUCUGCAUAAUGAUUUAAAAAAUUUAAGUAGAACCCCUAAUAUAAAUAAUUAUACAAAUAUGUCGAAAACAGAAUAUUGUGGAAAAAUUUCGCUUGUACAUACGUUGAUGAAAAAUUUAAAAAAUACAGACGAAAAAUUGGUAUUAAUUUCAUACUUCACACAAACACUAGACAUACUAGAAACUGUUUGUAAUACAGAAGGUUUGCACUUCCUUAGAUUAGAUGGAAGUACACCAGUUACAACAAGAUCUAAGAUCAUCGAACGAUUCAAUUCAAAGAAUGAUAACAAUAAAAUAUUUUUACUAAGUGCAAAAGCUGGUGGAGUUGGACUAAACUUAUUUGGGGCAUCUAGACUUAUACUGUUCGAUUCGGAUUGGAAUCCAGCAUCUGAUUCUCAAGCUAUGGCAAGAAUCUGGAGAGAUGGUCAGAAAAAAGAUGUUUACAUAUUAAGAUUACUAACAGCAGGCACAAUUGAAGAAAAGAUUUUUCAAAGACAAAUCAGUAAAGCAGGAUUAAGUGAAACUGUAGUGGACUCAAAUAGUUUUGCUUCUCUUAAAUUAUCUAUGACUGAAUUAAAGGAUUUAUUUACGUUAACAACAGAUACAAAUUGUUUAACACAUGAUUUGAUGGAAUGUUCUUGUAAUGGUUGUAAUAAAGUAGAAAAGGCACCUCAAAUGUUACAUCAAGAUAAUGAACGGGAAUAUCAAUUUUUUUUAAACAGUAAAGCACCUCUACCAAAUUUAACCAUUAACCAACUUUCAAAAUGGGAACAUUAUCAGCAGCCAGUUCCGAAUAAAAUACUUCAAGUAAGAACGAUUUAUCAUUAAACU